AUGGAUGAAACCACUCCGCACACGAUUGCCCUCAUUGGCCUGGGUACGAUAGGUCUUUCGUUUGCCGCAUUACAUCUCAAGUACACCAAUGGCGUUCUGCGAUUAUUUGAUACUCGCGAAGAUCUCGACCAGCACGUUCGCUCCCUUCUACCAGUCUAUCUUGGUUUGGAAGAGGAUACCGAAACGGAUGGCUCCUUGAUCGAAAGCUACACCUCUAGCGGUCGCAUCACGUUCUGCUCUUCGGUUGAGGAAGCCUGUACCGGAGCAAGCAUAGUGCAAGAACAAGGACCGGAAAACCUGGAUUUCAAAAAGAGCACAUGGGCUCGUGUGGUCCGGUGUGUAUCUCGCUCUACGCAUCUGUGGAGCUCAAUGUCCGGAAUCUUGGCUUCGCAACAGGCGGCGGAUCUCGAAGACAAGUCACGGUUGCUUAUCGUCCAUCCAUUCAACCCGCCGCAUAUCCUGCCAUUGAUUGAGAUAAUACCUUCCAAGUACACAAGCAAUGAUGUAGUCAAGUUUGCAGAGGAUUAUGUCAAGGGUCUGGGUGCCGGCCAUCGCACUGUCGUCCUGAGGAAGGAGAUUACUGGCUUUGUGGGUAAUAGACUUGGCUUUGCUUUGUUCCGUGAGGCGUGUCACAUUGUUGCGGAGGGCGUCGCAACUGUUGAGGAUGUGGAUACUGUUAUGGAAUCAAGUCUGGGGCCACGCUGGGCAGUUGCUGGUCCUUUCAAGGGGUGGAAUCAUGGAGGAGGGGUUGGUGGUCUGGGUUGCUUCAUGCGCAAUCUAGCGGAGACCAUUGAAGCGUGUUGGGAUGAUGCUGCUCACAUCUCCUUCAAAGAUACUUCGCUAUCUCCAUAUCAAGAUGUUUAG